AUGAGGAAGAAGGGAGAUAAGACAGAUGAAAGUGCAUGCAUGGAUAAAGUCAACAGCAUGGACGGGAAACAUAUAUCCGUUUUAUGUGGAUUACUGCUUUUCAUUUCAAUCCAAAGGAGUGUCUCUGUUAAUGAAGAAGAGCUCCAUGCCAGUUAUUGGAACAACAAAGCAAAGCAAUCCCUUCACACUGCCCUCAACAUUCAGCCUAAUCUCCACAAAGCCAAGAACAUCAUCCUUUUCCUGGGGGACGGAAUGGGAGUAACAACUGUUACUGCUGCCCGCAUUCUCAAAGGCCAAAUGGAAAAGCAGUCUGGAGAAGAGACCAGUCUGGUCAUGGAUACCUUCCCUCAUCUGGCACUGUCUAAGACAUAUAAUGUAGAUCAACAAAUGCCUGAUAGUGCUGGCACAGCCACUGCAUACUUAUGUGGCGUGAAGGCCAACUAUGGUACCCUGGGUGUCACUGCUGCCACUCCAAGGUACAACUGCAGUCUCACCUAUGGGAAUGAAGUCAAAUCUGUGCUAUAUCGGGCCAAGCAAGCAGGAAAAUCUGUAGGGAUUGUCACCACAACCCGAGUGCAGCAUGCAUCUCCAGGUGCAAACUAUGCUCACACUGCCAAUCGAGGUUGGUAUGCAGACUCGGAUCUCUCCGAUGAGGCCCGCGCAAAUGGUUGUCGAGACAUUGCACACCAGCUUGUUAACAACGUUGAGAUAAAUGUUAUACUUGGUGGUGGUCGACAGUACAUGAUUCCCAGGGACAUGCAAGACCCGGAAUAUACUAGUGUAAAAGGAGAUAGGGAUGAUAAACGAAAUCUUAUUGUUGAAUGGCUAAACAAUAAAAAGAAUGCUAAAUAUGUUUGGAACAAAAAAGAAUUUGAUGCAGUGGACCCCGCAAACACAGAUUUCCUAAUGGGUCUUUUUGAGCCCAAGGACUGUCGCUUUGAGAUGGAGCGUAAUCCAUUAACAGAUCCAUCCCUCACUGAGAUGAUGGAGAAAGCUAUAAAGAUUCUUAGCAAAAACCCAAAAGGCUAUUUCCUUUUUGUGGAAGAUAAGGGGAGAAUAGACCACGGCCACCAUGAUGGGAUGGCCAAAAGAGCUCUCACUGAGGCAGUUGAGUUUGAUCGAGCCAUUGGGCGAGCAGCUGAACUCACAAAUGAGUUGGACACCCUGUCGAUAGUCACUGCAGACCACUCACAUGUCUUCUCUUUUGGAGGACAUUCAGCCAGAGGAAACCACGUGUUGGGUGUUUCGCGGGGGGUUGCUGAUGACUCAAAGAGCUUUACUAUUGCUGGAUAUGCAAAUGGUCCAGGGUACCAGUUUGUCAACGGAACUCGUCCAGACGUAAAUGAGACAAUUUCAAUGGGUGAUGAGUACCUUCAACAGGCUACAGUGCCUCUUGAUUCAGAGACUCACGGCAUCGAGGAUGUGGCCAUCUUCGCCAAGGGUCCAAUGUCACACCUCUUCCAUGGGGUUCAGGAACAGAACUACAUAGCCCAUGUGAUGGCUUACGCAGCUUGCCUUCCACCUUACGAGGAUUGUAAACUCACACCUCCCAACCACGCUGGAUCCCUCAACCCUAGCCUGCUACCUGCUCUUUUUGGCUUAAUUAUAUUCUUUGUCUUCUUGUCAUAG